GCUCUAGAGGACCCUGCUUGACCGGGGGGUUGGACUGGAUGAUCUCCAGAGGGCCCUUCUGGCGGGGCCGUUCUGUGUGGUUCUGGGGCGGCAGGACCGCUUAGGGCGACAGUAAGGUGUCUGUGGAAGAAUAACUGGUGAGCAGGUUGCUAGUUGGUGGCUCUGCUUCGAAUAAGUCUAUUGAAACAGGUUAUUGUUAACGACAGUAGUUUUUCAAUAUAGCCUUUACAACUCGUGCGCUGAGGCUGUUUCUUGCAAUGGUAUGAAGUUACUUUAAUGUUGCAGGAAUGCGUUCCAGUUGCAGAAUGACAAUAGUUAAUUAAGUUUGUAUGGCAUCAGACAUUUAUAUUGUGCACAUGUAUUUCUGAAGCAAUGUUCUUCUGAGCGUUAUUGGUUCUAUGUGUCUUUGCAAUGAUAAUUGUGUUGAUGUGCGUGAUAGGUCAGCUAAAUAGACUGGCUGCACUCCAGAUAGUAGCGAAUCGCAUGUAAAACACUUGUUAUGUACAGAAUACUAUCGCUAUCCUAAAUUCUGAUCUAAUAUCUGCUCCAGAUACAGGUGAAGGUCUUCCCGUGUGAUAGCCUUAAGGAAGGCUAUCACAAAAGCCAACAAACUUGUGUCGGUUUGGCGCCUUAAUGAAAUGUCUUCUGAGUUAACUUUCUGUAGGAUUAGUGAGUUGUACUGGCUCAUGAGAGACUGUACAAGUGCCAAAGCAAGCGUGCAGUAAGCAGCAGGAGCGUGGGGAAUAUGAACUAGGAACUUCCUCCUGCUGCUGACAGGGAGUGUUAGCUUUGCUCAAGCCUUAGUUUUACAGUCCUUGGGUUAAUGAUGUGGCCAUUUUAGAGCUUGCGUGUUAUUAGUACAGAGGUGGUUUUGCUUCUUGCAGUUCCCCUGCAUGUUUCUUAACAAAACCAUCUUAGACUUUCUCUUUUUUAAAUGAAGUAACAGAGAGUGAGGAUUUGAUGGUGUGAUAGUUGUAGUAGGUGGCAUUUUGAGGCACUGGUUUACUUCCCUCACCGUUCAAAGUAAGGAAACGAGAGCAUGUUUUCUAACAAAUACACUGUUUAUCGCUUGUUGCGGGAUAUUUUUAUUGCUACUGGCUAUAUGUAAAACCUGAGAUGUUUUUCUCCUUGGGUUUCAUAGAAAUCUAGGACUGGAUGGGACCUCAAGAUACCCUCUAGUUCAGCUUCUUGAGCUGAGGCGCAACCGUAUUUUCCUAGACUCCUGCUGAUGGAUGUUUUCUCUAGCGUUCUUAAAAACUUUAUGUGCUCUUGUAUUCAAAUCAGUGGCUAGUGUCACUUGUCUGGGUUAAAUAGACCCAGAUCUUUAAGUUACUGUUUUAGGGUAUGUUUUCUAACCCUGCUCCUAUUUAUGGAGUAGUCCCAGAUUUUCAUCAUCUUGUAUCUUUCUGGAGUAACCGGAGAACUGAAGGCGUUUUCCCACUUUGGCAGAAAAUGCUGCUGUUUCUGUGCUUGAGAGUCUUCAGCCUGUCAGAAUAGAAAUAUCCAGGAAGUGUAUAUUCCCUGUUGGCCUUGGUGGUGCAGAGUUGUGAGGAGGGAAAGGGCAUGAUGGGUGCUGUGGGUCUAGUUGUUUGUAUAUAAGCAGAUUCGGGAAUGACAGGCCUGUGCCUGUACAUUUGGAGAAUUAGUUGUUUCCGAGUAGAACGGUGACUGAUGUCCUUUGGGUGCCAUCAGCAGCUCCUGGUGCUAAUGAUCCUCUGCUCUUCUCUCACAGAAAGUGUUUAUCAUGUUGGGCUCUGGGUUCAAGGCUGAGCGCUUGCGAGUCAACCUGCGCCUUGUUAUCAAUCGCCUCAAGCUGCUGGAGAAAAAGAAGACUGAGUUGGCCCAGAAGGCGAGGAAGGAGAUUGCAGAUUAUCUGGCAGCCGGGAAAGAUGAGCGUGCCAGGAUUCGUGUGGAGCACAUCAUCCGAGAAGAUUACCUCGUGGAGGCCAUGGAGAUCCUGGAGCUGUACUGCGAUCUGCUGCUAGCCCGCUUUGGCUUGAUUCAGUCCAUGAAGGAGUUGGACUCCGGCCUGGCAGAAGCGGUAUCUACGCUGAUCUGGGCUGCACCACGACUCCAGUCGGAAGUGGCUGAGCUGAAGAUUGUUGCUGACCAGCUGUGUGCCAAGUACAGCAAGGAAUAUGGGAAGCUGUGCCGGACAAACCAGAUUGGGACAGUCAAUGACAGGCUGAUGCACAAGCUGAGUGUGGAGGCACCACCCAAGAUCCUGGUGGAGAGAUACCUCAUUGAGAUUGCCAAGAACUAUAAUGUACCCUACGAGCCUGACUCGGUGGUGAUGGCUGAAGCCCCCGCUGGUGGAGAGGCAGAUCUAAUCGAUGUGGGCUUCACAGAUGAUGUGAAGAAAGGUGGCCACGGAGGGGGAGGAGGUGGUGGAUUUACAGCCCCACUGGUUGGUCAUGAUGGAAUAAUGCCCAUGCCAAUGCCGAUGCCUGUGCCCAUGCCAUCACCAAAUCCGCCGUUCUCCUAUCCACCCCCAAAGGGACCGGAGAACUUCAAUGGCCUACCAGUGGGGACCUACCAGCCUUUUGCUGCUAACAUUCAUCCACCACCAAUUCCGGCAAACCCACCAACGUAUGAGUCUAUUGAUGAACCUAGUGCUGACAAGGAUGUUUCUUCUGCACAGGUGUCCGGGCCUGGGCCCAAGCCAGAAGCUUCUCCAAAACCAAAAGCUGUCGCUCCUGAUACCUACGAUAACUUUGUGUUGCCUGAAUUACCAUCCGUGCCGGAUACGCUGCCAACAGCAUCUGCUGGCGCCAAUUCUUCUGCCUCUGAAGACAUUGACUUUGAUGAUCUGUCUCGGAGGUUUGAGGAGCUAAAGAAGAAAACAUAAGACUGACUGGGCUGCAACUCCAACGUGAGAAGCUAUGACAGCUUCUUCUCUCUGAAACACUCUUCUAGAAAUCGGUUUCCUGUAUUAACCUAAAAUGAACGCGCUCUUCUUUUUGAGCCCUCUUCCUGCUGUACUUAAACCAAACGCUGCCACUUUCCCAGUCUUUGUUGCUCCAGGAGGUGAACUGUAGUGGGAUCCUGUGAGACUGGAGCAGGGAUCAGCUCCUAUCAGUCUGAGUAGUUAUAUUGUCCAGGAAAGCCUUGCUUGACAUUCUGGGUGCCAAUCCUGACUGCCUCCGCAGUGGCUCUGCAUUCCUUUCCAUGGAGAAGGAAGGUGAAGAUUGAGAGGUGACCAGGCCUGCUCCUCACGUGUGUGAUCUCAAGGGGAGCAUCAUUCACGUGCUGCCCAGCUCUGCUUUAUGGCACAGAUGGUAAGGAUGAGUUGAGUAGAUUGGCACUGCCCUUGAGGUUUUGCAGUACCCUGGCACUUAGGCUACCCCCUGGCUGCAGCUAGAUCCAGUUGCAGAGUUUGCCUGGGAAGCUGAAGUCCUCCUUUAGUCCCGCUGGAUUCUCAGGGAGCCCUCUGUGGCCUUUGCUGCAUUAUCUGCAGGGAGGGUUGGUUCGCCUUUUGCAAGAGGGCAGGGCUGUGCUAUCUCCUGUUCCAGCAGUGCGUUCAGCCUGAACCUGCUGGGAGCGCAUGCUGGCGGGGCAGAGGAGGCUGCCAGAGCCACACGGCGCGUUCUAACUCUGCCUUAGACAAAAUCAGCUUCUGUCUCAGCUGGGUGCUAGAAAGCCUAUGGAGAGCUGAAAGUUGACUGGAGUCUGACUGGAUGUUUGGCAGUAACUUUGCCUACGUGCAGAGCGAGCCGAUGGGAGAUGCAGCCCGAGUGCUGGCAGAGCUCUUUGUGUAGCUGUGGCGUUUGUUCCUGUGAGCCAGGGGGAGGGACUGUUGAACCUGACUUGCUCUCUUCUGUGUAAUGUAUCUGUAUAUAACAUUUUCACACAACUUUUCUUUGAAGUUUUGAUUGGUUUGUAUCUUACAGACUAGCUCCUAAUAAAGUUUAGGAUUGUGA